AUGGGUCCGCUGGCGGUGCUACCCAAGCUCUCUCGACUAUCGCUCCUGCUCCUAAUCUCGACCAUACUCCCUACGACUCAAGCAUCUCACCUCUUCGUUCGGCAAGCACAAACAUGUGGAGGAAAUCAAGAUCUUCAGCAAUGCGGAAACGGCUUCCCCUCCGAAUUCUGCUGCGGUAAAGACGCAACCUGCAUGCCCGUCAACACCACCGACGUCCAAUCCGUCAUCUGCUGCCCUAAAGGGCUGGACUGCUCCUUCAUCCAGCCCGUCCCCUGCGAUGUCAGCCAAUACAACGCAACCCUCCAUCCAGACAACCAAAUCCACAUCUCCAACACGGAUGGCAUCGAGCUCCCCAAAUGUGGGAGCACGUGCUGCCCCUUAGGGUAUACUUGCAACGGCGGCAUGUGCUCCGCCAGCAAAGACUCUUCCCCUACAUCCACAACCUCUCCCACGCCUUCACCCACCGAUCCAGCCUCGGCCUCGCAGACCUCAGACUGUGCCGCGGCCCCAGUCACCCAACAAACAUCACCAAGCUUCGACGGCAAAUCCUUCGCCGCCGGCUUCUUUCCCGGCAUCGUAAUCGGCGCGCUGGGUACCCUCGGCCUGAUCUGGAUCAUCAAGAAACGCCGCGAAUCCGAAAAGAACCGCUACUCAGGCGACUUCGGCCACGUGGCACGCACCAUCAGCGACCCGAUCUAUAACCCGCAACUCUCGGCCACUCGGACGGACUUCAUCCGCCGUGGCUCUCAGUCCGCUACGUCCUCUCCCAGCGUGCAAAAGAACAUCGGCACUCAAGCAGCUGGCGGCGGCGGUGCCAGCGGCCUCACCCCCAAAAUAAAGUCCAUGUGGGACCGCACGCCCAAACUCACCUUCAACGGCUGGUCCGGCCUUCCUUCAAACCCAGCACCUCCUGCACCCGCCGUGCGCGCCGGCCACCACAACGACCCUUACACCACGCCCCCUGCAACUUCGAGACGCGCAUCUUCGCGGCGCGCCACUAAGGCGAAACGGCCACUCACCGGUAGAAGUACUAGCACAGAGACUAUCGAUGUGCUGAUGCCCGCACCGAGUUUCCUGGAGCCGCCAAAAGCACCGGGCAUGCGAGAGCAUCGCUUGACGCAGGAUAGCGGGAAUACCACGUUUACGAAGUUGAUGGAGAGGGCGGGAUACGGAGACAACGAUAGGGACACAGUGAGGAAUUUCGACGGGACGCCCGCGAGGAGGUAG